AUGUUGUGUAAAUUACAGCUGUACCUAUGCGCUGGCUUAGUACUGAUCAUGUUAAUAUCCAUACCAGCGGUCAAGGCUGACAUUGAGGACAAUGAGAUCAGUGAUCCACCAGAAUAUCAAAUGAUUCAAGGAGUCAAAGUGUAUCGUGGCGAUCGUCAGUGUGUUCUUGUUGGCGGUCUGUGUGUACACAACAGUGAUUGCCUUUUGCCCACAACCAACAAAGGCCUCUGUCCCUCCAAUCAGCAUUUGGGCGUUGAAUGCUGUUACGAAUUGCCCGUGAGACCAGCUCCCUGCAAUCAACACUGGGGUGAAUGUAUGGAUCGUUGCCACAAGUCUUUGAUGAGGCCAGGUACCGACUGUAAAAAUGGACAAAUAUGCUGUGUCCUCAUCUAA